GCCUCGAGCGAGCGAGCCGCCGGCACUGGCCGCGCUGGGAGCCGCGCUCCGAGAUGGCGGCGCUGUGGGGCGCCGGGCGAGCCGCCGGGGCCAGGGCACCGCGCCGGGGCCGGGGGGGCGGCAGCGGCCCGCCGCCGGCCCCGCCCCCCGCCAGCCCCCCGCAGUGCUUCUCUCUGGAGGAAGAUGAGCUGAGCCUGCACUUGGUUCCCGCCUGCAACGAUGCUAUCCUGGAGGCCGAAGGGAUCCUGGGAACGAUGCAGAGCUACCUCGAUUCCUCCGUGAUCUCUAUCAUCGAGGACUUCAGCACCCUGACCGAGAACAAGGCCUGCCUGGAUGCACCGAACGAGCUGUCGCUGCUGACGGCCAUCACCGAGAUCCUGGACAGCACGGACGAUGAGACCCUGUCUCCGUUUGACACCACCCUGGACUCAGAAUUGCUGGCACUGCCCCGGGAGCGGGAGAGUUCUUCGUUUCAGAAGUUUCUCAGCUUGUCCCGGGCCUCCCCUGAGCGCAGCGUUCCUGCCCUAGACGAUCCGUGGGGCCUCAGCGGCCCAGCUGCCAUCAGCAAGGUGGGGACGGGCCCUGGGGAUCUGCCCUGGAACUGCCUCGAAGAGCCGGCAGCACCCAAGCAGUGCAGCAGCAGAGCGGCCCGGGUGGAGCGGAAGCUGCCCAGGCCCCAGCCCCUCCCGCAGCGCAGCGACGGGGAGGAGGAGGAGGAGGCUGCUAGCCCUGGGCAGCACAGCAGCGUGCCGGCAGCUGUGGGGCUGCGGGAGAGCCCUCUGGGUCUGUGCGCCGAGGCUGGGGGUGAGGAGGCGGUGUGGCCAGAAGACAGUGACGCUCCCUGCAUCAUCAGCACGGGGGCCGGGUCCCUCAGCGAGCUGGUGAAGUCCAUGCACCCGUACUGCCUGCCCACGCUCACCGUGUGCCUGGACCCUGCCAGCGAGCCGGUGGCGAAGGAGUUCUUAACCGGCCCGCUCCUGCUGGAGAUCGUGCCAGGCGAAGGCGAGAGCCUGGAGAUCCCCGUGGUCCUGCAGCAGCUGGGCCCAGGAGCCCAGCUCCCAGCUGAAGGGGCGGGAGCCAGCGGUUGCCCAGCUGGCGAGGGGGAUGGUGCCCUGGAGCUGACACCUAUGGAUGGUGUGUUGCCAGUGGGAACGCCUGCCCAGGGGUGUGAGACUGGGGGCCCCGGCAGGGCCCCCCAAGCGGAGCCUCCCAGCCCAGCCCAGGCGAGAGAGUCCCCCCGGGGGGUUGACCCCGAAGCGAAGGAUGAGGAGAGGCAAAGAGACCAGUAUCUGGAGAGCAGCUCCCGGAGCAGCACGGAGGCGCCAGCGGGCGGGAAGCGCCAGGGCACUGAGAAGGGCCGAGGGCGUGAGAGGGCCAGGAAAAGCCGGAAAAAGAAAAGGGAGGAAUCGCAGAAGGGCCAGGCCAAGCCAGAUGGGGACUGCGUGGUCCGCAGGCUCCUCUCCACAUCCUCGGUGCAGCCGCCAGCCACCCAGCGCUCCCCCAGCUGGGCAGCCCGGCCCUCCGUGCAGGUGUCCACCUUCCUGGAAAGGCAGCUGGAGCAGGCCAAGAAGGAAGGGCAGAUGGAGCUGCGAUCGGCCCGAGGGAGACCGCGGGCAGCGGCAGCAGGGGGCACCCUGCAGAGGAAGGGUCACCCUGAGGUGCAGAAGGAGCUGGAGGCUGAGAAGCCCAACACGCAGCCAGCUGUGCAGAGUGCUGAGACCCCCAGGCCCUCGGAGCAGGCCGUGCCCAGCCCCGGGGAGCAGCCGGCUGCCGUGGGACGCGGCCCAGUGGAGCAGGGAGAGGUGGCUCCUGGGUGCGGUGAGGGGAGCCAGCCUGCCCCCGCCAAGGGGAGCACUGGCCCAAAGACCACCCCCCCACACGGUGACCUCAGUGCUGAGGGGGAGGCUCCCCGGAGCCCACAAGAAGUGGAGCGGGCUGGGGCCGAGGCUGCCGGCUGGCCGUCCAAGCCCAAGGCGCUCAGCCUGACCGAGUACCGGCUGCGGAUGCUGCACCGCCAGCCCAGCGGGGCCGACGGGAAGGAGGGGGAGAAGCAGGCAGCGAGCAAGUGGCCCAGCGUCCCCGAGCCCCCCACGGAGCUGGCCGAGAUCCCGUGCCUAAUGGCACCCGUGCGCCCCCUGCCCUCACAGCCUGCCCAGCCCGUGAAGAUGCCCAGUUCCCAGAGGGGCCCAGAGAAACCUGCCAGCCCCCCAGCCACCCCUCCUCUGCCCAGAAAGGCACCUGCAGAGCCCCCCCAGACCGUGCCGGCUCCAGUGCCCCCGGGGCUACAGCUGCCUUUCCUCCCGCCGGCCCUGGGAGCUGCUGCUGCAGCAAUCCCCCUGGCCUCCACAGCUCCCUAUGCCCUCUACCCACCGGUGCCUUCCUGGCCUUGCUUUGGCCCCCCGCCUGCCGGCUACCCCAGUCUGCCUCCACCACCGGCCGCUGGCGGGUCGCCCAACGCCUUUCACCUGGUGCCUGGCCUGCCCCCGCCAGCCCUGGCCUGGCCCCCCCCUGCCCUGCCACCACCUCCCUUCGGUCCAGGUGCGCCAUGUGCCCCCAUGGGCUGGGCCCUGGGCCUCCAGCCGUCCUACUGGCCCGGGGUCCCCUUGCCACCUCCAGUGCCUCCAAUGGUGUACAGCGAUCCAGGGGCCGCUCUGCAGAGCCCAGGGGCAAAGCCCUUCCCAGCUAGCCCUCUCCCCUUCCCAGCUAGCCCAGCCGCCCCGGCACCAAGCUGCCAAGAGCCCUCAGUUUUCACAGCACAGCCAAUGAAGCCAGUGCUAGCCAAGCACGAGGUGCCAGCCCAGCCCCCCCAGCGCGGUGCACAGCCCUCGGCCAGGGCCGCUGGUGGCCGGGCAUCUGACCCCAGGAGGCAGAGCCGGCCUGUGGGCGAGUCAUCUGCCACCCAGCCUGUAGGGCAGCCCCCUGCCCCCCGGCCUGUGGGCGAGUCAGCCACUGCCCAGCCCCCUAUUGCCAUGGCCCGGACUGUGGGGGAGUCAACUGCUGCCGGGCCUGUGGGGCAGCACCCUGCCCAGCCCUUGAGGGAGCCCCCAGCCUCCCGGCCUGUGGGCGAGUCACCCACUGCCCAGCCCCUUAUUGCCACCACCCAGCCUGUGGGAGAGUCUGUUUCUGCUGCUGCCCCUCGGCCCGUGGGAGAGUCCCCUGCUGCCCAGCCUAUGGGGGAGCCGCCUGCUCAGCCCACAAGGGAGACCUCUGCCCCACAGCCUGUGGGAGAGUCACCUGCUGCCCAGCCCAUGGGGCAGCCACCUGUUGCCACUGCCCGGCCCGUGGGGGAGCCUGUUUCUGCUGCUGCCCCCCAGGCUGUGGGGCAGCCUUCUGCCCAGGCUACGAGGGAGCCCCCUGCCCCCCAGCCUGUGGGAGAGCCCGCUGCCCAAUCUACAAGGCAGCCCACUGCCCCCCAGCCUGUGGGGGAGCCUCCUGAUACCUGCCCCAUGGCAGAGGCUGCAGCUCCAGCAAAGGUUCCAGUGCCCAGCCUGCUGGAGGGGGACCGGCCAGACCCCAAGGGAGCUGUCCUGCAAGAGCCCCGGCCACCUGGGCACACGUCCAUCCCCGGGAAAGCAGGGGCACUGCUGAGAGCGCGAGAGGAGAGCCAGCCCACCAAGCUGGCCCCUGCCCGGCCAUGGAGACACCGGCCCCUCGUCAGUCCAGCCCAGCCUGGCGCCAGCAAGGACAUUGUGCAGGCCUUCAUCAGCGAAAUCGGAAUCGAAGCCUCCGACCUGUCCAGCCUGCUGGAGCAGUUUGAGAAGACUGAAGCCACGAAGGAGGCACUGCAGGUGCGACGCCCUGGAGACAGGCUGGUGCCGGGGAACGCUGGCAGGUCCGAGAGCCACCCGGACAAGAACCCGCUGGACAGCCUGCAUGCCCCGGAGCUGGCCAACGUCGCUGGCCUCACCCCGCCAGCGACACCGCCUCACCAGCUCUGGAAGCCCUUGGCUGCUGUCUCGCUGCUGGGGAAGCCCAGGUCCUCCGGGGCCGCCGCCCAGGAGAGCAGCCAGAGAACUGCCAAGUUCAUGGAGGCCAAGCCGCUGCCCCAGAGCAAACCUCGGGGGAAGGGCCUGCCCCCCACAACCUGUGGCCCACCCCGCAGCCACGUGGGUUCCGGAGACCAUGACUACUGCGUCCGUGGCCCCGGCCAGCCAGAGGGGGGCGCCAGGCUCCCCAGCGUGCCGGCCCCGUCGGAGCUGGGCUCCCGCUGGAACGUGAAGCAUCACCAGGAUAUCACCAUCAAGCCGCCCUCCUCCCUCCCCACACGGACGCUGGCCUGGCCCGGGCUCAGCCCCCGGCCUGGUGCCGCCCCUGGCUCCAGCGAGCAGCUGGACCACCGGACUAGUGCCCGAAGCCAGGCUGCCGCUGGCAGGAGCAGCUCCCCCACCUCGGUCCUGCUGUCUCCGGACGCGUCCCCCUGCCGGGACGAGGAGCCACAGACUCGGGACCCGCAGCCGAAGCAGCUGGCUACCAAAAGGUCCCUGCACUGCUACCGGAGACGUGGGGCCUCACCGAGCCCCCGGGCCCGCGCCAGCCGCUCUUUCAGCUCCACGUCCAGUGGGGCCAGCGCCUCCUCGUCUUCCUCUUCCUCCUCCUCCUCCUCCCGGUCUCGAUCCCGGUCGCUGUCCCCCCCACUGAAGCGGUGGCGAAGGUAUCGCUCAAGACGCUCCCGCAGCUCCCACUCUUCCUCCCGCUCGAGCUGUGGGUCCUGUGGCCGGUCCCGGGGAAGGUCCUCGUCCUCUUCCUACUCGUCCAGAUCCUCCUCGGCUUCCCGCAGCCGCUCCCGCUCCCCGUCCCCCCGCAGGAGGAGUAACCGGAGGAGAAGAUACGAUUACUGCGACCCUCCGGAUCACUGCCAGCACCAGAAAGUCCUCCACAAGGAACGUGCAAUAGAGGAGAGGAGGGUCGUCUUCAUCGGCAAGAUCCCCAGCAGGAUGACGCGGGCAGAGCUCCGGCACCGCUUCUCUGUGUUCGGGGACAUCGAGGAGUGCACCCUCCACUUCCGGGCCGAGGGGGACAACUACGGCUUUGUCACCUACCGCUACGCCAAGGAGGCCUUCGCUGCCAUCGAGAGCGGCCACAAGCUGCGGCGCCCGGACGAGCAGCCCUUCGACCUGUGCUUCGGGGGGCGCCGCCAGUUCUGUAGGAGGAACUACGCGGACCUGGACUCCAACCGGGAAGACUUCGACCCCGCCCCCAUCAAGAGCAAGUUCGACUCCCUCGACUUCGACACCUUAUUGAAGCAGGCGCAGCGCAACCUGCGGCGGUAGUGCCGGGCCCGUGGCGGCUGCCUCCAGUGCCCGCGGGAGGUGCCAGCGGGCGGCCCGGCCUGGCUGCAGCCGAGCCGGGCUGCACCGAGAAAUGCAAAGACAAAAAAAAGUGUCAAACCAGAUUUUUUUAAACAAUUUGUUUUUAUAACAAAUAUUUAAGGAAGAUGAAUUGCCUCUGUUAACUGAGGGGCUGGAGGCAAGUGGCUGCCCCAGCCCAGUCACCCGGGUUAAUAAACCCGGGUCCAACCCA